AUGGCAGAAGAUACACGGCCCACACCCUUCAACCUUAUAACCUUUCUACCGUAUGCUUGCAAACAAUUAGAAGCUUCUUUUGAUGUAAAAAUAGAAACUCGAAUUCUGGAGGAAUAUGUAAGCGCACAAGAAAAGAGUAAAAAAACAAACCGAGACAAGUCGAUAAUGCAAAACGCAUCUCCGACGCUAAUGUCUCCAGACAAAAUAGAAUCUCCCGUUGUAUUCCUGAGCGAUGACCAGGAUUUGGAAAUUGUAUGCAUCUGCGCCGUUUGCGACACCGCAGGACGCCUCGUAGAAAUGCUCUUCCAACGUACAAACAUUCCAAGGCUCCUCCUCAAAGUCAUUACCAUGUGCAUACCAUAUCAACCCUAUCUGAAUAAAAUAUCUAUACGGUGGUGCACGAUCGACGGCUACACCCUUCACGAAAUCACUAAUUGUCUUCCACAAUCACACAUCACAGAAAUAUGCCUCAACGAUUCUCCAGUACUGCAACGCAACUAUCAUUUGCUACUCGAAUAUCAAACUCAAUUAAAAUGUUUGAGUCUCGAUCGAUGUGAACUGGAGGAUGGCGAUUGUGCGGCAAUUGCUGCUAAGUUGGUAUAUCGACUCCCAGCGUCAAGAAGCCUGUGCGUUUUAUCUUUAGCUUCCAAUUCUAUAUCUGACGAGGGUGCCACCGCGCUAGCAACGAUGCUCCGAAGCAAUCGACAGUUACGUUAUCUCAAUCUAUCUGGCAAUCUCAUAACGAAUACAGGAGCGUUAGCCAUCUUCCACAGUCUGAUGGAAUUCUCAAUGACGUACGAAGAAAUUAUAUCAAAACGAACGCGAAACAUACAAUAUAUAAGGUUGCAGAAAGAAGUUUACACCAAAUGUUACAAUGAGUUAAUCACUACGUUCCAAAGCCGAAAGUCGAUCGAUGAGCGUAGUACGGGACGAAAGAAAAUUAUGCCAGCACCCGCGAGAGCGCAACGCACCGCGCUCGUUAGCUCCAGACCGAGCACGGCGGACAACGUCGCAUUGAAAGCUGAAAUGAUGACUCUCGAACUGAUCGGCGCGUAUAACGACCCGUUUUGUGAUAGCGAUACCGUACAUAAGAAUGAGUACCUAUACUCGAUCGGUAAUAUGAGCCUUUCGUACCUGAAUUUGUCGCAUAAUUAUCUAGAUCAUUGUAGCAUAAUGAAAUUGGUGGAAGUGAUGAGAUAUCAGUCCAAUCUACCGAAGAAGUCGCAGUCGGGCUUGGUGCGUUUUGUAAUAGAGGGAAAUCCGCUGCCGCUGUGCAGCCGCGAGCUGGACGCGCUGCAGGACCUAGCGGACACGGCGGGCGCCAACCGGCUCGGGCGGAUCAAUAAAAGCGAGAAGUUCAAGGGAAAGUUGAGAUAGUUUUUAUAGGCAUUUUAAUGUUAUUUAGAUUUAUGACACGUUUAGGAUUUCGUAUGAUAA